ACCGUUUCGGCAGUAAUGCAACACCAUGGAUGCCAACUGCCGUAAAACUCCAACGAAGAAAGAAGAAGAAGAGGGACCGUUUCAGUUGCAACACAGACCUAUCAGUGGCAGAUGUUGUUAGCCUGCAGCACCAGUUCAUUGUUAAAGACAGCAGCCAGCAGAGUAUCAUUUGUUCUGCAUUUAUCGUCGAAAAGAUACUCUGAAUGGAAUGACAGGAAGCAGGUUGAGCCGGUAGAGUCUCGCGCAGCGGAUGGUUUAAAGCUGAAAACAUGGCUAGGUUCAUGAGUAGAGUAUGGUGUAAGGUGGAGUCGUCCGGCCGUCAUCUGCCUAUCGUUCUGAACGCUUUGCUGGUGUUCUCCAUCACUGCCGAGGUUAGUUAUUUGGUGCUGGUCGAGGCUCCCCUUGAGCCAGAACAGAAGAAGACUGAGUGGUCCACCAUGUGGAAGGCCAUGCAUCUCUUCGCUCAGUACUUCAUGUUGGGAAAUAUAACCUGGAAUGCAUCGUUGUUUGUCAAAACUAACCCAAGUAUUCGCGGAGUGUUUCUUGGAGGCGAUGCAUUGGGUCAAGGGUGGAGGUACUGUUACAACUGUGAGACACACACUCCUCCACGAUGCUCACACUGCUACGAUUGCAAUGUGUGUGUACUGCGGCGUGAUCACCACUGUGUGUUUUUUGGCCAGUGUGUUGGUUUCUACAAUUACCGGUAUUUCCUGACCUGUCUGUUCUUCAUGUGGGCAGGGCUGCUUUAUGCAGUAGUCAUGAAUGCUGAGGUCUUCAUUGUCAUCCUGAAGGAGGGUGUAACAUUUCACAGCGUCUUGCUAUUGCUCAUGCCCUGGAUAAUGCUCGUCUCUGGACAGGUGACGGCACGAGCGUUUGCUUUUGCAUUCAUUGCCGACACUUGUGUAGUGGGCUUCCUAUUGGUUGCUGCCUUCCUCUUCUUUCAUGUGGUUCUGAUGCUGAAGGGACAGACUACACGUGAGUGGUACUCCACACGGCAGCCUUACAACCUGGGAGCGUUGGCCAACAUCAGGGAAUGCUUGGGCAAGUACUGGUACAUCUGCUGGCUCUGUCCAUUGAUACCUUCCCCGCUGCCUGGAGACGGCAUAAACUUCAAGGUGACUGGUUCGCUAGAGCCCAUGAAGUAGGGUGUGCACUGAUAGAUAUUUUCUCAUUGCAAUUUUAAUACAUUGGCCCAGCUGAUGCAGAAUGACAUGUUGUUGAGCCUGAAGCAGCGGUUGCAUGCUGUGCUUACACCAAACAAUUAGCAGCUCUUACCAGCUCUUUUUUUUUUAUCUGAAGAACCAUCAAGACAUGUGGAUUUCUGAUUUCACUUUACAAUUGUUUUUGCUCAGUACAGCACUCUUAUGGUUUUAAUUGGUGUUAAUUUGGUGUAUGUAAAGUACAUAAUUUUAAAUAUUUUAUUAUGCUUUUUUUUCUCCCUUGUUCUAUUGUGCAAUCUUUGCUUUCGUAAAGCAAAUAUUUUUUUUGGAAAGGGGAAGUAUUUUUUCUGAUUGAAUUGUUUUACUCUCCUCUUGCUCUUUUUUAUUUUUUUUUAUUUUUUUUAUUACAGUCAUUGAUGUGCCAAAUAAUCGGUUCAAACUAAUGUGAAUAUGCUUUAUGCCAAGCUGUCAUUUUCUUUUGUCCUGAGUUAUAAAACGCGUCAUUUUUAAAUUUUUUGUAUGGAACUGAAUAUUGUUUAUCUCAAAUCUUAUAUUUGUCAUUUUGAAUCAGUACCAAUGUUUGUAAUCUUUCUUUAAAAUAAAUGC